AUGACAGAGGGCUUCAGCGAGCUCAAGAGAAUAAGGAAACCUUUCACCGAUGUGGAUGAUUUGAUUCGUCGAUUGAUUGUACACGCAUCGCUGGCCUCUUACUAUGGUACACCGGGUGCUACUCAUUGGUGCUUGCAGCGUGCGCGCGGGCUCCAUAACGGGCUUGUAGCUCGCUGGAAAUGCAUCCAGCAGACGCUUGCAAUCAACGCGGCUCUACAAGCUGCUUGGAUGCAUCAUCACUUCCAGCUUGGGCUGGCUUUCGAGCUCGUUGAAGCGUCGGCUUUGCCACGAUCAAUCACGAUUCACAGUGGUGUCGGCUAG